CCCAGGGGGCAUUUCUCCUGUUGUUCGCGCUUCUUGCACACAUCCCUGCGGUGGGAGCAGCAGCGGCGGGGGGCCGAGGGUUGGGGUGGCACCGCCCGGACACCUCCGUCCGCCGCGCACCCGGGGGAAGGCGAAGGGUGCGGCGCGGCCUCCCGCCCUCCUUGCGCCGAAACCACUCCCCGUAAAGAAAGUCACCAGGGGGUGGGGAAAUGGUGACAGCUCCAGGAAGCCGCCGGCGGCACCGUGAGACACCGAGGGAAGGCAGCCCGCGGGGUGGCAGCUCCCAGUCCGCGCCCGCCGAGCCCGCCGCCGCCAUGGGCUCCCCGCAGCGCUCGCCGCUCGCCCACGUCUUCAAGGGGACUUUCGUGCACUCCAGCGCCUCUGUCCCCAUGGAGAUCCUGCACGGACACCUUCUGGGGGUGGACGAUAACGGGACAAUUGUGUUUGUGGAACAAGUUGAUCAGCUAGAGAAACUGGCUAAGACAUGGGAGUUCAAAACAUCUGACAUAAGACAACUGAGUAAACAUGAAUUCCUCAUGCCGGGAUUGGUUGAUACACAUAUUCACGCCCCUCAGUACUCAUUUACUGGUACAAGAGUAGACCUGCCUCUUUUGCAGUGGUUGACUUCCUACACGUUCCCAACAGAAGCCAAAUACCAGGACAGUGGUUUUGCAGAAGAAGUGUAUACCAGAGUUGUUAGGCGAACUCUAAAGAAUGGCACGACUACAGCUUGCUACUUUGCAACUAUUCACACCGAUAGCUCCCUUCUUCUUGCUGAAAUUGCAGAUAAAUUUGGUCAACGAGCAUUUGUUGGAAAAGUCUGCAUGGAUAUGAAUGAGAGUGUGCCACAAUACAGAGAGACUACUGCUGACUCUGUCGAAGAAACAGAAAGGUUUGUUAAAGAACUACUGGAAAAACAAUAUCCCAGAGUACAGCCUAUAGUAACCCCCCGCUUUGGCCCCUCCUGCACAGAGGACUUGCUGAGUGCCCUUGGGGAUUUAGCACAAACCCACAGUCUCCAUGUGCAGAGUCACAUAAGUGAGAAUGAAGAAGAAGUCAAACUUGUGGAGAACAUGUUUCCUGCCUACCAGAAUUACACUGAGCUGUAUGACAAAAACAAGCUGCUAACCAGCAAGACAGUGAUGGCUCAUGCCUGUCAUCUUUCUGAAGAAGAGCUGAAACUUUUUAGUCUUCGUGGAGCAGCAAUUUCACAUUGCCCUAAUUCUAACUUUUCGUUGCGCAGUGGUGUCUUAAAUGUGCGAAAGGUUCUCGAGCACAAUGUGAAGCUUGGUCUUGGCACAGACGUUGCUGGUGGAUAUUCAGCUUCUAUGCUUGAUGCUAUAAGGAAAACAAUGGUGGCAUCUAAUAGCCUUCAGAUCAAUAAAGUGAAUGAAACAGGACUAACUCUUGAAGAAGCUUUUCAGCUUGCCACUCUGGGAGGAAGCCAAGCUCUAGGACUAGAUGAUGUGAUUGGAAACUUUGAGGUGGGAAAAGAAUUUGAUGCACUGCUAAUCAACACGAAGGCUUCAGAUAGCCCUUUUGACUUGUUCUCUGCUGAUGAUUUUGAGGACAGUCUCCAGAAGUUCCUGUAUCUAGGUGAUGAUCGGAAUAUAUCUGAAGUUUAUGUGGCUGGAAAGCAAGUGGUUCCUUUUUCAAGCUCUGUAUAAAUCCAUUCUCCUUUUGCAAAAUACUCUACUGAUCAUUUUGCAUCUGAUUUGGAAAAGAUCGAUUAAACACAGUGCCUGAUCAACAGGAAUGAAACCUCACUUAGGGAUAAUGUUAUAAAACUUGCAAACACUGAAAAUAGACCUUUCAAGACUUACUUUACUGAAAUUUUCAUAGUUCUAGAGGGAAUGGCUAUUUAAUUUUCUUUGUAAAAAUAAUAUUUGGGCAUUGAUUGGGGAUUUGAUAAAUACCGUAUUUAAAGAGGACAUCUGCUGCUCUGUUUAGUUAUAGUAUAGGAAACAUUAUGUGGAACAAUGAGAUGCUCAUUGUCUAUAGGAAUGAAAAAAAAACCCCAGUGCUUGUAAAUUGAUUUUGCAGGUAAUGAAUAUCACGGGAGAAUACAAUUUCCAUGAUAUUAUCAUCAAGUAUGGAAAAUCAGUGUAAUUUUGGAGAAUGUAAUUUUCAUUUUUUUCCUAGGAGCAUUUUAAAAAAAAAAUUUAAUUUAAAACAUUAUUUUUAAGAGGAGUUAAGAAAGAAGUGUGUGUUUAUAAAUAAAUAAGGGUCCUUAUCAAAGAGUUUAGACUUGUCAUUUGUAGUCAGACACUCCACUGAAUUACCUUGAUCUGAGUGAUGGCUGAAUGAAACUUCCAUUAAAUUAGAAGCAGGCACUAAGACAUCUCUGCAGGCCACACAUUGGCAAACAAUUUAAGAGGGUUUUCUGGACUAGAAGAGUGCUUCAUUUAGUUCAGCAUCCUGUAGAAUCUUCCCAAACUCAUUUGCUCCUGACUGUUCAGACAGGAUUAUAUGAUGUCCCUUCUUCUUUCUGUAAGGGAACUGAGUGGAUUUGAAACAUUUCCAAGAGAAACGGUCUCUUUCUGGCCAUUACCACCUUUGACUUGAGGUGAAAAUCAUCACUGAAAAAAGUAGCUCAGCUUUACUGUGCUCUCUGCGGUUUUCAAUGUGGCAGCCAUGAUUCCAUCCCUGUACAAUUCUUGGAUUCCAAGUAAAAAAUAUGCCCUUUUUGUUUUGGAAAUCUAUCUGACUUCCUUUCCUAAAAAGGCAUAUUUCCCUGUGCCUUGUUUUUGUUUUUGUUUUUGUUUUUGUUUUUGUUUUAUUUUGUAUUUUGUUUUGGUUUUUGUUUUUGUGAGAUUUGUUUUUGUGAGAUUUGUUUGAUGAGGGGAUUUCUUCUUGUUUCUCUAUUGUGUUCUUGCAACACAAAGAAUGUAAGCUUUAAUUUCAGGGUCAUCAGAGACCAAUAUUGUAUUUAGAUACUGUAAACAUGUAUUGAAUAUAGUUUUAAGGCCUGCUUCACACUUUGAUUUCACUAAGCCUUGUUCUGCACUUUUAUCUCACUGCCUGGGGAUAUAGGACUUACCUCUGUUCACAAAACAAGGGAGGUCACUGCACCAAAGUUUCACUUCAUGUCUACUUCAGAGAGAGUGCUUGGCCCAAUGACACUCAUGUUCUGAUUUUAAAGCGUUUUCAGAGCUUAUGCAUUGUUAUAAUGACACCUUCAUGAGACAGCAUAGCAUCAAGGGGAAGUGUAACAGCUGAUUUGGGCACUUAAAGCAGUACAGUCUGUCCAAUGUGGUUUUCUUGCCAAAGCUGAGGGGCCAUACCAAACAGCAGGGAAAAACCAGAAGGUGUCUUGAAGACAUCACCUGGGUGCAGCCAUUCGCUGAGAGUUUGCUCAGGUAUCUUCCAGGUUGCUGCACUAUGCCGCUGCUUGCCGAGGUACAGCCUUCCCACCCAUUAUAUUCAAAGACUUCUAAGGCCGUAGGAGUCAGGAUAUAAGGAUUAUGAUUCACAUAUUCCAUCAGGGUGUUUUCUCAAUCAUUAUGUUUUUCAUGUGUCCCAAUCACAGUAGCACACUUGCUCAGCAAAUAACAGCCUUCAGCUCUUUAACUUGCUUUCCUGAUUCAGGGACAUUUUUUGUCAUGAAUUUUGACAUGAAUUUAAUUGACCAAAUUUCACAUUUCAAAACCAAAGAACUGUGAGACACAUGUUUUAAUCCUCCCAGUUACUGUUUGAAACCAUUUUUAGGGAAUCACAUGGUUUUCAGCUUUGGCUUUCCUGUGGCAGAGAAAGAUCACACAGCCUUGUGUACAAUGUAUGCUAGUGCCCUACUUCUUUGCCUCCAGAGCCAUGAAUUAAAUCAGUGCUUUUAUUUCAGUAGUAGUCUUAACUGUCUCUGACUUAAUUGUUUUUCCAUUAUUUUGUGGUGUUUUUAAGAAAGGGAUUCAGCAUUUCUUCUUAAAAUACUUUUGGGGGUGGACAGGUUGCUUAUUUACAAUUUGAGAACACACUAAAACUUUAACAAGUUCAGGACUACAUUGCUGGUGCAGUUACAAAGGGACUGUCUAGGAUAACUGCUGCCAGUGAGCUUUGUAUUUGAAUUUUUACUGGGUCAUGACCAUUUUGACUCUUGUUAAAUUCAGGGACAAGGUAAGAACUCACUUUUUGAUUAUGUUUUUUUUUUUUUAAAGUGUCUAUUAUUCAGACAUUACCCAGAUAUAGCAAUGGAAAAUCAGCUUUUUAAGACCACAGCUGGAGGAGGAACUCUGUCUGCAGGUAGUGCCAUGGGCUGCCUGCAGUACUCUGCAAUGCCCAAGACCAGGAGUCCCAAGGUGGAUAGCACUAUAUUAAAUGCUGAGGUGUUUAGGGGUAAAGGAAAUAAGUCUGAAUUUUAUGUCUGAGGAGCAUGUUAGUGGAGGAAUUAAUAUAACAAAUAAACUGAGAGGUUUUUGACAGGUACAUUUAAGUAGAAGUGAAUGGAGAAAAGAUGUGCUGCCAGAGAAGUUAUGUGGGGUCAUCUGAGGCAGUCCCAAAAGCUUGUUCAGUGGAAGAUGACUUAUGCACAAAAAUGUUAAGGUUUUAGGUCAUACAAAGAAUGUAGUAGUCAGAAUUCUCUGAAGUAAUUUAGGGAAAAUUACUCACUAAGGAUCACUAAGGAUUCCACUGCAAAGUCUUGGCCCUUGAGGCUCUGUGCCUGUGUGUAGAUUGCCAAGAUGUUUGUUUCGGUGGGGCAAGGAUCAGUGGAUAAUAGCACUUACUGCUGAGACUUGCAUAUCUACACUGUAUGCAGCUCAAGGCUACAUAUAUUCUGCUUCCUUGCACAGAUGUCCCUACUGCAUAUGCACUUUGAAGCAGGCCAAGUAAUGGGCUCAGAUUCUUAGUGUCUCUUUUAGAGACUGGAGUAUAUUUGGAAGGCAGCUGAGCCUCCAGUGUAGUUUCCUCCAAAAUAAGCUUAAUUCUUGUAUACUGAAGCCACCCUGCAAACUGAACUAAGGUUCAACAAGGGAGGAUGAUUAGCAAUUUAGAACAGCACUAUUGUCUCCAACCAAAAAUGCUAAUGGAGGCUAGAACUUGAACUAUUCCCCCUCUGUCCUCAUCCUGUCACAGAACUUAGUAGCUGAAUAUUAAUUGAAGCAACCUUCUUCCACCUUCCUCAGUUUUCCCCAAUACCACCUCGGCCCCGUCCCCCCAAAAACAACCAACCAAAAAACCCCAAGCCCUGAAAUUAAACAACUGAACAUUAAGGGAAUAUGAGUAUGUGGAAGAAAAUAAAGGAAUAAUUUUCAGUCAGUAUAAAUUGACACAUAUGACAGUGUAAAUUGACUGAUUAAAGAUAAAACCUCUGGAAAAAUGUACAUGCAACAGAUUCCAGAUGUCUCUCCCCACAAGUUCUUUUACCAGAUGGUGGAUGAGAUCUUUCUUUCUUAAUAUGUCUUUAUGUUCAAUGGUAGCACAUUAUUCAGACAAAGGAAAAAAAAGGGUAUUUGUGUAGAGCUUGCUUGUUGGGACAAUAUGCUUACUGUGUUCUAUGGUCAGAUAAGCACUUAUUUACUAUAAAUAGAAUGUAUUUGGAUUACUGUUAUAUUUUGAUCUCAUUGUGUCACUUUAGGUUUUGAUAUACUAGUAAGAAUUGCCUAUGCAUUAUGCAGCAUUAUUUGAAUUAUUCCUGCGUGGCAAGUGGAGUUCUGCACUUUAAAAUGUUGUCUUGGCCUAAUGAUUAUAUUUAUGAUGUAUUUUUGUGCAAUCCUAAGGUUUUGUAGGGGAAAAAUGUGUAUUUUUUCACUGUACUGAAUUUUUCAGUAAGUCUGCUUUCUUUUAGAAAAGGGAACUUUAAAAUUACCCUGUCUAAAAGUCUGUGCCUGAUAAUACACUCAUGAAUGGAAAAAAUUAUAAUGGUUUUGUGAACUUGAAUAGUAAUAUUUAAUGUAAAAAGAAGUGCAGAUAAAUAAAUUUUUUUCAAAUCUAA